GUAUGAAUGCCUGAGCUGAAGAAAAGAGUAUGAAGGGGAGAAGAGAGUACAGGAGAGGAAAGAAUAGAGAAGAGCCAUCAUUCAGCAUGGCUGUUAACCGGGAACCUGCUAACUUGGCCCAUGCCCUGUUCGACCGCUUUAUGGUUGCCCAGACUUGCAAAGACGUACAGCAGAACUUCACUGACCUGUGUCAACACUUAGAGGUGGACCCUAAGGACUACAGACAUUUCUACAGCAAGCUGAAGGACAGACUAAACUACUGGAAAGCUAAAGAUCUGUGGCAGAAGAUUGAUAAGAGAGCUGUUCUCUCAGCCUAUGAGCAGGGCAAAUGCUGUGCCAAGACUAAGUGUUUAGUUCUGGGAGCAGGCCCAUGUGGCUUGAGAACCGCUAUAGAGUUGGCGCUGCUGGGGGCACAGGUCGUCGUACUGGAGAAAAGAAAUUCCUUCUCUAGGAACAACGUCCUCCACCUGUGGCCCUUUACUAUCCGAGAUCUGCGUAAUCUUGGUGCAAAGAAGUUUUAUGGAAGAUUUUGUACUGGCUCACUUGACCACAUUUGUAUCCGUCAGUUGCAGUUAAUGCUGCUGAAGCUGGCACUGCUGUUGGGGGUUGAGGUUCACACUGGCGUGUCGUAUAAAGGUUUGCAGGAGCCUCAAGCAUCAGGAACAGGCUGGAGAGCUUUGGUACAUCCUGAAUCUCAUCCUGCUGCUUCCUAUGAGUUUGAUGUUUUCAUCUCAGCUGGAGGAGGAAGAUUCGUACCUGAUGGGUUUAAGAUAAAAGAACUAAGAGGGAAGCUGGCCAUUGGGAUUACAGCUAACUUUGUAAACCACCACACCGCAGCGGAGGCUCAGGUGCCAGAGAUCAGUGGUGUUGCACGCAUUUACAACCAGAAGUUCUUCCAGGAGCUGCAAACAGAAAUGGGUAUCGAUCUGGAGAACAUUGUCUACUAUAAAGAUGACACUCACUACUUUGUCAUGACUGCCAAGAAAAAAAGUUUGCUGAAGAAAGGGGUCAUCAAGCAAGACUACAGUGAUGCCGAACAGCUGUUAGCAGCUGCCAACGUUAACCAGGAGGCCUUACAGAAGUACGCAUACGAUGCUGCCCAGUUCUCUACGGGUCGCAAACUUCCUGAUGUUGAAUUUGCGAAGAACCACAUGGGGCAGCCAGAUGUGGCCAUGUUCGACUUCACCAGCAUGCACCGGGCGGAGCACUCCUCUCUGAUAAGGGAGCGCAAAGGGAAGAAACUUCUCAUUGCUUUGGUUGGAGACUGCCUGGUGGAGCCCUUUUGGCCCUUGGGGACGGGCAUUGCACGUGGGUUCCUGGCUGCCUUUGACACAGCAUGGAUGGUGAGAAGCUGGGGUAAAGAAUUGCCCAGUUUGAAGGUUCUGGCAGAGAGGGAAAGUGUGUAUCAGUUACUAUCUCAGACCACACCAGAGAACACCAGAAAGAACUACUCACUCUACAGCAUAGAUCCCAGCACCCGGUACCCCAAUGUCAACGUUUCCUCCAUAAAACCUGAACAAGUGCAGCAUUUAUAUGAUGUUGAGGACUUCUCGAAUAGCAACAAGUCCAUCAAAAAGAAGAACGAUCGAUCAUCUACUGUGUCACUGCGGCGUUUGGAAGACCUGCUAAACUGGUGUAAGAAACACACAGCCUGGUGUGAGCGAGUGAAGGUGACAGACCUCAGUCAGUCAUGGAGAUCUGGCCUGGCCCUGUGUGCCCUCAUCCAGCGUUUUAGACCCAAACUCAUAGAUAUGUCCUCUCUGGAUGAAAAGAAUGUAGCAUACAACAACCAGCUGGCAUUCGACAUUCUGCAGAGGGAGUUUGGCAUUGUGCCUAUCAUGUCUGCCAGUGACAUGGCCUCUAGCAAGGAUAUUGACCAGCUGUCAGUAGUGCUGUACCUCACCCAGGUCCACAAUGCUUUCACUGAGACUUCUCCACCAACAGAGCCAUCCAACCCAAAGCUUCUGUCCUUCUCCAGAACCCGCACUGCUGUCUUCUUUCUGAACAAGCUGAAGCACAAUUCGCUCCAGAGACGCAAGGAGCGUCUGGCCGCCGAGAGGGAAGAAAGGGCAAAAGAUAUGAAGGAGGACGAGGAAAAAAAAGAUCUUGCGCCCGCAGUGCCAGCUCCAGACGUUGGCAGCAGUGAGUUGUGUUAUUUCUGCAAUCAGAGGCUGUACCUUCUGGAAAGGGGCAGUGCAGAGGGCAAAUUCUUUCACCGCAGUUGCUUCACGUGCCAUCAGUGCGGUACCACAUUGCGCCAAGGAGGAUACACUUUCCAUCCUGAAACUGGGAGGUUCUACUGCGAGCAGCAUUCAGAGCCAGAGCAGAAGGAAGAACAAGCAGCUGAACCUGCAGGCACAGAGGAGUUUCACCAGAACAAUCAGAAUGAGCAGAUUGAGGAACAGAAUGAAACAAACAAAGAAAACAAAACUCAGCCCAAUGAAGACAUAGGGUCAAGUGAUUCUCCUAAAUUGCGCCGCUCAGUGAGACGAAAAAGCUCCUAUAAGAUCUCCAUAGACCCAGACAGUAAUGAAACUGCAGAGUCUAACAGCUUCAAAGAUGAUGAAGACCAGCUGGCAUUCACUGGUGCCAAAGACGCCCAGCCCGAAAUGCCUACGGAGAGCCAGACACAGUCAAAUGACAGUGAUCACCAAAAUGAAGAGAAGUCCCCUUGUCCUGUCACCAACCCUGUGCCAGCACCACGCAGUUCUCGAACGCUGACUUCCCCGCCAACCCCUAAACCUCGCACUAUCCAAAACAUAGUGUCAUCAUCCUCUGAAACUAAAAAGAGCCAGGAACCGACAGACGCCACCACCGAAAAGUCAACGUUACCGACCUCUGAUAAGCAAGAAACGCUUCAACCUCUGCCUGCCAGCACAGAAAAUGGCCCUAAAAAUGACAGAGAAUCCAAACCCAAGCAAUCGCUCAAGAAACUCCAGUUGUCCACAGAAGAAAAGUCACAGCUGAUGAACUUUAGCUUCAGCCAGGAUUCGGAUUCAGAGACGCCAGCAUCCUCGUCAUCAACCUCUUCAUCCUCCAGGCCCCAGGAUGGUGCUGGAGGGGAGGAGGAUGAGUACUGGAAUGGCACUUCAUGGGGCAGCCACCGGCUGAAGAAGAAUCGGCGGGGUUUGAGAAGGAAGGAGGAGCCGCAGAAAGACUUAGGAAAAGUCAGGUCCAAAUUCUCACCCUGGAACCUGUCCUCGCCUCGGCUGCAGCAUCGUUUCAGCGUGCUCCACAUCCAUCCUGCAGCAAGAGUUCAGGAGAAUUCCGACGAUGAAGUUGACGCUGAUGCUGCUGACGAUGAAGAUGAGGAAGAGAAUGAAGAGACUCUCAUGCUGGAUCACAUAGUGGAUGGCGAGUCUGUACCUGUAAAACUGUCUGAGGAAGAGAAACAGGAGCUGAUGAAGAUGAGGACUUUGGAGAGAAGAGCCAAGAUGAGUGAACUGCAGCGUUUGCGCAAAGCUCAGUCAAUCCAGAGAAGGCUGGAAGAAAUCGAGGUGACAUUUAAAGACCUGGAGGAGAAGGGAGUGGUGCUCGAGAGAUCCCUCAGAGGACAGCCAGGUUCUGAUACCUCAUCAGACAUGAUUGACCAGUGGAUAGAACUGGUCGAGCAGAAGAACGCACUGGUUUCAGAGGAGUCUGAUCUCAUGGUGGCGUCUCGACAGCUGGAACUGGAGGACAAGCAGAGCAUGCUGGAGAUGGAGCUGCGGCGAUAUAUGGAAAUCGACGAGUCUAAGAAAACUCCAGAGCAACAGGCACGGGAGGAGCAGAUCCUACAGGAGAUGCUAGAAGUGGUGGACAUGAGGAAUUCUCUUGUAGCCUUUCUGGAGGAAAAGAGACUUAAAGAGAUUAAUGAAGAACAGCUGGCUUCCUCACUGCUAGAGAAUAAGAGACUUUCUAUCGCAGGAGCCCAGGUUCCAGUGCUGCAAGGCGGACUGAGGCUACGUAUGAAAGACACCCCUGACUGUUCCAGAAAGAUUUGGAUUUUUUUAACCACCAUCACAGCCUUCACUGCCGAGUCACAGCCUAAAGAGAGUCAGUGGAAGCUCCCCGUUGUAGCUAGCGUAUUUUUUUUUAUACAGGAUGUAUCAGUCACUGUAUUGGGAAUAUAAAAGUAUUCAACUAUUAUAAUAAAUUAUAUUUACCAAGACUGUCUGCUAAUUACAUAAUCAAUCUGGAUGAUACAUGUUUAUAACAUCAUUAUAAAAGUCAUUUAUGAUGGUAUUUCAGUUCUGUUGCUGCUGCUUAUCGACAACAUGCUAUAACCUGGAUAUCAAUGGCAAUGCUGUAAAUGACAGAAGAAGCCAUAUGCUUAUUGGAUAUCCCACUUUACAAGAUUCACAAUAUUUUGUCUGAUUUAAUCCCAGUUGAUGGUACAAUUUAUCCAAGUGUUGGAUAGACAGAGAACGUGAUUAAUUUAUUACAUGUGUUAACUGGUAUGGCUGAAACACCAGAGUUUAAUAAACGAAAGGGGUGUCCACAUACUUUCGACCAUAUGGUACAUAUAUUUGUUAUUAUUAUUAUUAUUGUUAUUGUUUUUUUCCACAAGAAAAGAAAUUGCUAAGGGAGGUGGUGUUAAAGCUCAGGGUUCUGCGAUGUGAUCUGUUUAAUUAUUCCAAUUCAACCUCCAUUAAACAGUAGAUGUGUUUCAGUUUGGAUGGUUUAGAAGUUUGCUGUUGACUGAUGGGUGAUGAUCGGUAGUGUGAUUUAGUUGAGACAGAUGUAAAAUGUUAGUAAAAGUUGUCAAAUUUUAUUUUUGGCUUAUUUUUUCUUUAACAUUGUAUUUCCUUUAAACUAAAUACACAGUAUUCUAAAAAUAAAAAUAAAUAAAUGCUGUAU